CCAAAAAACACCAGAAACGGGCACAGAAGAAAAAACCCAGCUAGUAAAACGGGCACUGUAGAACCAAACUGAAAGAUGAUCGGAGUUGGGAAGAUGAAACAGUACUCCAAUGUCCUCGACAAACCCCUAAGCAAAGGCAAACAAGAGGUGAGUUUGAGCGCAUUUGCGUUCUUAUUCUCAGAGCUGGUUCAGUACAAUCAGACUCAAGUGGACAACAUUGCUGAACUGGAAAGAAGGUUGGAAGAUGCUGGAUAUGCUGUUGGGGCACGAGCGUUGGAACUUCUUUGCCACAGGGAAAAGGGAAACAGAAGAGAGACACGACUGCUGGGAAUUUUGUCUUUUGUACACAGCACAGUAUGGAAGGCUUUGUUUGGAAAGGUGGCUGAUUCGCUUGAAAAAGGGACUGAACAUGAAGAUGAAUACAUGAUUAGUGAGAAAGAACUUUUGGUCAAUAGAUUUAUAUCAAUUCCCAAGGACAUGGGUACUUUUAAUUGUGGAGCAUUUGUUGCUGGAAUUGUAAGGGGAGUCUUAGAUAAUGCAGGUUUUCCUGCAGUCGUGACAGCUCAUUUUGUUCCUGUUGAAGGGCAGCAGCGGCCUAGAACAACAAUCUUGAUAAAAUUUGCCGAGGAGGUAGCUCCCAAUAUUUGACGCAAUUUCUCCUUGAUCACUGCUUCAUUGAGUUUUCUUCUAGUAAUUGCUCAAGUAUAAGUAAUUCGGUUUUCAGUGAUAGGGUGCUGGUUUAAAUUUGGUCUAGUCUUCUUUUUUCCCUCUCUUGACAAUCUGCAGUUAGAUUUCCCUUUCGGUGGUAGCUAUCUUUAAAAAGAGUAGUCCAUCAAAAUGUCUAGUUCUACUUAGACGUCUACAUAAGUGCAAAAAUACUGCAUGAUGACAGCACACGAUAGUUUUUUAUUGGUGAGAUUGAAACCAAAAAGACUUGAAUCUCCUAAUUUUGGCCUUCUCUCAAACUGAAACAAAAUGUAUGUUUCUGUCCUGUUGUUGCUUUCCUUUAUUGCCCUUUUAAUUGGAUAUACAGAGAACUUGAAUAGCAUUAUUUGCAUUAGAAAUGUUGCAUUGACAUGUUGGAAGGAUGGUGCUUCUCUAAACAAGUCAUAGUCGGGUAUCAUAAGUGGGAUCUGCUAGACUGAAGUGAAACCAGGGUUCUUGAAUUAACUGGGCCCCUACCACAUCUGGCGAAUCCAGUUUUUUUUUUUUUUUUCAGUUAACCAGUGUUUUUCUGUAGCCACUUGAUAUGUCUGGUUGAAGUGGCCAAUAUUCAGAAGGUUUUUACUGUUUAAAUACAUAGAUCCAAACAUGAUAAAGCUGUUGACCUCCACAAUUUCUAGGUUUUUCUGUUUUUCUGUAAUUUAAAAACGUUCAUAAGUAUCAUGAUUUACCUUUCACAAUAGGACGGCAAAAAUUUUGAGCUACAAAUGACAGACUUACAAACCGAUGUUUUUAAAUUAGUUACACCUUCAGGAUUUUCUGCUGCACUUAAUUUACUCUUCUCCUGUUCCAGGUACUACGCAGAGAAGCCAAAUUGGGCUAGUCACCAUUUUAUUAUCAUCUGCCAACAGCAAGAAGGUUUUACACUCCGCGAUUCUGUGAUUUUGGGGGAGUGUAGGAUGUGCCGUAUACACACUAGAUUCAUGUACUGGUAGUUGAAUUGGUAACUAGGUACUGAAGCUGACCGUUGAGUGUAUAAAUGUUAUCUAAUCAAUGAAAGGAUUUGUAGUUGUGAUCAUUCUGAAUGUGGAUAAAGUGCUGACUUCUUUAUUAAACAGAUGCGGAAAAUGGAUAUUCACAUUCAGAGUGACUCCAACGUUUAAACACGUUGAAGAUCCCAAAAUAUUCUGAAUUCCUGUUGCCGGACAGUAAAGCCCUGGAGAUAAACAUUUGUUACCAUCAAAAGUCACUGUGAAAUUUUGAAUUACUCAAGGAUAUUCGAAACCUUUUUUCUGGUCAGUAGCAUUACCGUAAUGGCUGUUAUUCUUGGAUCUGUUUUAUAUUUCUGUAAGUUUUCCAGUAAUGAUUUGCAACUUGAACUCCUUUUGUCCCAAAACAUUGUGCAAGGGCUGUAAUUCUUGGACCUAUUAUAGAUUUUCGUUAGUAAACCAGUAAUGAUCUGUGCCUUGAACUCCUUUUGUCCCAAAAUAAAACUCAGGUUAAACUAUUUUAGUACAACAAACGUACUCCUGUUUGGACAGAAGGAGCAGUAGAGUAAGAUUUGAAUUGAAAGAUAAAUGCUUUAGAAGUGUGCAUUCAGUAGCGCCAUGGAAAAAUCAAGAACUUGACAAGAUCUCAAACUAAUUAACAUAUGUAUCUGCAGUAUAUAUGUACUAGUCAUAGGAAAUUAAAGAUGUGUAAGUUAAGAAAGCUGAGUAUGAAGCUUAGACUAAGAAAACCUUUAGUUAGAGAGUGUUACGAGGGAGAGCAGAAUUGACAAAGGAAAACCAAGCAAGAUAUUCCUAGAUACUUGUAGAAUGGUGAGACAGCAAGCUCAUUAGUACACAGGAGUGAGCAUAGUCUUGAUAAGCACCAAUGAGUUUCCAAUUCUUUACUAAAUGGAUAAGUGAUAACUCAUCACUACAACAAGGGUAGCAGUAUGACUAAAUACUUGAAUACGAAAUGAAUUCCCACUUCCAAGAGAGACACAAUUUUAAGAAAAGGGUUUGGCCUGCUGUGGCUAAUUUAAAGAAAUAUCUCUGCUUCAGCCUAUGGAAAACUGAAAACUAAUAAAUCUGUUCAGAAG